AUUAAAAGAACACGUUUACAAAUCCAAAAUAAUGAAAAAUUUCGAGGGAGUGUAAUAAUGUUACCUUGAAAAGUAACCGGAUUCCAACAUCAAGAAAUUAUUAUAACCAAGAGCCAAACACUCAACACAACAUUCACAAGCCGUGUAUAAAUAACAAAAAAUGAAUAUACGAAUAUCAUUAAUUUUAUUAAUUUUUUCUAUACAAACAUUACUUGUUGAAUUGCGACCAUCGAAAUCAUUAGAUCAACCUGCCGGCGAUUUAGAAUGGGAGGCAUUAUUAUUAAUACAUGAUAGUAAUCGACCAAAAUUUGGUAAGAUUACACCCAAGUCAAUAUUUACGGUACGACCACAUAGUACUGUAAUGCCACCGUGUGCCGAAGGAUAUCAAUCAGAUGCAAUGGGUCGAUGUGUCACGAAGAUUGAUCAAAAUGCACAUUAUGAAUUUUUGGUGCAGAAAUUAAAUUCACAAAAUUCAUUCGAUCCGAGCGAUUAUGAAGAUUUGGAUGAGGAGGUUGAUACACCAACAACGGGACCUUUUCAAAUAAAUAUACCGAUUGAGAAGAGUAUGGAGAGUGAUGUUAGUAAUGAUGAUACUGGAAAUUUUACGGUUGUGGUUGCACCUGUAAAUGAUUUGUCAAUGAAUUUAACCAGUAUCAACAAUACACUAAAUAUCAUCUCGUUAACAAAAGAAUUGUUAAAAAAUUUAACAACAGAGGUCAAAGUAAAACCAUUAGAACGUAACGAAACAGUGUUAUCAUUACUCGACGAUUUUCUUCAAAAUGAUCAACCGGCACCAACCAUCGAAAGAGAAACUCAAACUGUUGAUGAAAACACUAAAGUUCCUUCUACAUCCAACGAAAAUAAAUCUGUUGAGAAUACAUCACAAAAUAAAAGCGAUAAUUUUAAUUUAAAUGAUCCUGAAACAAUUAUAAUUUUAUUCCACGCACUCCCAAAUUCAACAUCGUCAAAUAAUCGUACCACAGUUAAUCAAGAUGAACUAACUUCAACAACAGAAAGCGUUUCAACGACCACGGAAAUUAAUUCAACAACAACAACGGAUUUCGACGAUGCAAAAACAACUACAGAAGAUAUACCAACAUCAGAAGAUGAUUCCUAUGAAAGUGAUGUUUCUGUGAGUACAGAAUCAAUUUCAAGCACAUCAGAAACAUCAACAUUCGAGGAAUUUGAUUUAAUUCGAAAUACGUUUCCACAUAAUGGGGACUUUAAAAAUCAAUUUUUCCAUUUACGUUGGAACGACAGUAGUGAUAAUGCCAAAACAAAAAAUUUAACUAGUCCAGAAGAAACAACAGUUGUUGAUCAACAACCUGAAAAGGAAAUUGUUAAAAUCAAUUUUCCAAUACCAACACUUAGUAGUAGUUUAAUUCCACCUGCCAUUUUAGAGAAUCAACAAUUAGUUAAAACACCAGAAUAUAAUCAUCGAAGUCGUGAUCGAAACAUAUUCUGGUAUAAUCCAAUAUACUCAUCUCAAAGUCCAGAAACAACAAGUGAACGAAUUAAUAGUAAAUAUUAUUCAACGAAUUCACAUUUAAAUCCAUAUCGUCGAAUAUUUCGAAAAACAUUACAAGAUAACGAUCGAUUGUUUAACACACGUCGAUGGAGUAAUAGGUGAUUCAUUUUUUAAGUCGUAUUUUCCCAAUGGGAAAUAUUCGUUUGUAUAAUUUAAUUGAAUGGUUGUUUGAAAAUUGUCCGUUUGGUUUUAUAUUUUGUGUGAGUGAAAAUGUGAAAAA